AUGGCCAGCGUCCAAGAAUACUUCAAUGACUGGCCGAAUGAUGAAGGGUUCGACGCCAACUAUGAGGAACGCCAGCCAGUCGAACUCUCCUUGACUGGCCAGAUCCCUUCCUACGCGGCAGGUGUUCUCUAUCGCACGGGCCCAGGAAAAUAUACGGUUGACACGGACAAUGGAGAUACAUUGAAGAUAUCUCACUGGUUUGACGGAUUCAGCCAGACCCAUCGAUUCCAAAUCUUGGCUCCAGAUGAGUCCCACCCGUCCACGCGCGUCUUCUACAACUCCCGCUUCUCGACAGAUUUGUUGAUCGAGGAAGUGAGGAAGACCGGCUCCUUAGAGAAACUCAGCUUUGGCCAAAAGCGGGAUCCCUGCAGGACUGUCUUCCACAAGGUGCAGACAUCUUAUGCCCCGGAAAACGAACCAUCCUGUCACAACAUUGGAGUAACGCUGUCGGUCAACAUGCCUGGUCUUGGCCAUGAGACCGGUGACCGCUGGACGAAAGCUUCCGGAAUCAAGACUCUGUAUGCAAAAACUGACGCCAGCCAAUACAAGCAAAUCGAUCCUGAGACUCUCGAACCCAUUGGUAUCGCUGCGCAAAAGGAUCUGCAUCCUGAUCUGACCGGCCCCCUGUCGGCGUCUCAUGCAAGAUCCGAUCCAGUCACAGGGGACGUAUACAACUUCAAUCUAGCAUUUGGUCCUGAAGGAGCCAUCUAUCGCAUCUUUUGUGUGUCUGCUUCAACUGGCAUUACGUCGAUUCUGGCCGAAUUCCCUGGAACUCCGGCAUACCUGCAUUCGUUGUUAAUAACAGAAGACUACGUGAUCCUGUGUGUGUGGAACUCGCACAUCAACCCAGCAAAGUUCGAGGCUUCUUUCGUAGAAGCCAUCCAACCGUUUGACGCGUCGAAACCCGCGACGUGGUACGUAGUCGACCGCAAGGGCAGUGGAGGGCUCCUCGCGACGUACGAAAGCCGCUCCUUUUUCUGCUUUCACACCAUCAAUGCAUGGCAGGAACCUUCUGCUUAUGAUCCCAACAAAACCGACAUCGUGGCCGAACUUGUCAUGUUCGAUGAUCUAGGCAUACUCGAGAAAUUAUACUACGAGAAUAUGCUUUCUUCGUUCCCCAGCGCAAAGGCUUUUGUCCAAGGAAAGCGUGAUGGGUGUCGUUCAGCGGUGACCAGCUUCCGGCUUCCGGAUAUCUCUUCGGUCCCAAUAUCAGAGGCGAAAAAGGCAUCUAUCAACUGGACAGCAUGCAAGGCCUAUGCUCCCGAGUUGCCUACCCUGAACCCGAAAUAUACCACGCAGAAGCAUCGGUACACCUACGCCGUGACUGAUCGCGACGAAUCGACUUUCUUCGACGGCAUCAUGAAAUACGACAGCGUGGCCAAAGAGACUCUUGUCUGGAAACAGCAUGGUCAGUCUCCUGGAGAAGCAAUCUUUAUCGCUGAUCCUGCGGGCGUUGAUGAGGAUGACGGGGUCCUCCUGAGCGUUGUGCUGGAUGGGAAGACUGGGAAAAGCUACUUGCUCUGUCUGGACGCGCGCGAUAUGUCUGAGCUGGGUAGAGCACAUCUCAACGGACCGGUAGGCUUCGGCUUUCAUGGCCAGCAUGUUCCUGCGAGUGCAGGGCUGCCCACGGGGGAUUACUAG